AUGAAGAGACGCGAAAAGUAUACACAUUAUCUGUUUUACGAUGGCGAAACUAUUUCUGGUACUGUGAAUGUUGCUUUGAAGAAAGCUAAUCAGAAACUUGAACAUCAGGGCAUAAGGAUUGAAUUCAUCGGACAGAUAGUGACUUCGAUUCCAGAAGUUUACUAUGAUCGUGGCAACCAACAAGACUUCAUCUCACUGACUAAAGAUCUUGCUCGACCUGGUGAAUUAACUCAGAAUUCAUCUUUUCAUUUUGAGUUUCAUAAUGUGGAGAAGCCAUAUGAGUCUUACAUGGGUAUUAAUGUUAAGCUGAGGUUAGCACUUUCAUUCUUCUCUUUCUUCAGUCCUUUACUGUUUUUGGUUAUUUUUACCUUCACCAACAUUUUGGCUAAAUUAUCUGCUACUUUGCAGAUACUUCCUCAGAAAAUGGACCUCAUUGUGCAUACACUUAGCAGUUAUCCAGAUGCGGAUGUGAACCUGAAGAUGGACGUAAGCAAAAUCUACUUCGUUCUCGUUCGAAUCAAGAUUAAACAUAUGGAAAUUACCAUAAUAAAAUCUGAGACUGUUGGAUCCGGACCGAAUGCUGCCAAGGAAACAGAUCCAGUGGCAAAGUUUGAGAUUAUGGAUGGUGCACCUGUAAGAGGUGAAUCCAUCCCGAUACGUCUUUUUCUCGCUGGACAUGAUCUUGCACCUACAAUGCGCGAUGUUAGCAAGAAAUUCUCCGUCAGAUAUCUUUUGAAUCUUGUUUUAGUUGAUGAGGAGGAUCGGCGGUACUUCAAGCAACAGGCU